ACAUCAUAAGAUAAAACAUUGAUUGUGUAUUCAAACCAAUUAAUAGUCAUGAACAUGUAUAAAUAAAUAGUACACACUCGCAAUGGAUAUAUGUAAAUUAAAACUAAUAUUUGUCUCCGCGGUAUUUGUAUCAUGUCUUGGAGUAAAUUACGGCCAGGGUGUCUGUACGGGAACGACUCCGUGUUACUGUAAAUUUGAUAACGGACAGUUCCUACACCUAGUCUCGCUUGCUAAAAGCGAUGGGUCACCAAGAUUUGUUAAUGUGACCGACACACAUGAAAUGACAUACUCAUGGAAUCCAUGUUUCAAUUUUACAGAGGGUGCUUGUAAAGAAGUAGCGCUAUGCGGUAUACAGCCAUCAAUUCCACAUGACUUAUAUUUACCACUCGGUAACCAGAACACCGCAACAUUCCAAACGAAUAGGACCGAUAACUCUGUAACUAUUGUAUACAAAACGCAAACAAAGCCACUAAGAACAUCUUACGUGUCUUUAGUAUGUAUAAAAGGAGAUACCAAAGAUAGUUAUUUCAAAGCUAUCGGACAAAAACAACAGUUAUCUACAGAUUUUUAUUUUGAAUUACGAAGUCCUCUAGCUUGUCCACAAGGCGAACCAAUCGUUACAUCAACACAAAAGCCAUCGUCAUCGUCAAACAAGGCGUUAGAAGCUGGUCUCAUAACUGUCUCAAUCGUAGCAUUUGCGCUGAUGGUGGCUCUGACAACAGUUGUGUUAAAAAUGAAAGGAAAGAUCUGCAAGGGCGGGGAGAACUAUGACCAGCUGUGAAAAUAAGUUAACAUACUUCGAUAUCUUUUAUUGUGGUACUUACAAAUAUUGUGAUUAAAAACAUGAAAUAUAAUAUUAACAUAUGAAGUUUAUUAUCAAACAGUUUUUGUGGUUCUAAUAAAAUAAUAACAUGUGUUUCGUUUCAAGAAAUGCUGUUUUCGAAUAACAAUAAGAAAUGGAAUAAAAAGUUUCAUUGUAGCAAAUAAAAUGCGAAAAACUGA